UUAGCAUUGGUUCACUACAGUCGGGCCCAGGAGUGCACAGGUGUUGGUGUCGACCAGCGUAUAGACUGCGCGCCCGAACGGACAGUCACUGAGGCUGAGUGUACGGCACGGAAGUGCUGUUUCGCAGCCAAAACACCCACCGGUGGGAACAAUAAAUACAUACCGACGUGUUUUAUGCCGCAAACCUAUCCGGGUUAUAAAAUCACCAAGGUUGAUGAAAGCCCAGCGGCUUUUACUUACGUAGAGCUCGAGCGCGAGACCCCAUCGGGAUUUCCCAACGAUAUAAAGUCGGUGUCGUUUCGUAUAACACAUCUGACACACAAUGUGUUGCGCAUACGAGUGGCUGAUCUAAAUCACACCCGAUUUGAGCCCCCACUGCCCCAACUCAAUAUACCCUUACCCGUACCCAUGCGUCACAUGUAUUCGGUGGACCCGGUUGGAAAGGGUAUUAUCACUGUUAGACGUAUAGCGACAAAUGCACCCAUAUUUCAGACCGACUUAACAAAACUGGUGUUUGCUGACCAAUUCAUCCAGCUCAAAUCACUGCUCAGUUCGCACCAGGUGUACGGCAUUGGUGAGAACAAGGCCAAAUUCUUGAAAAACACCCAGUGGCAAAUACACACACUAUGGAACCAUGAUAAACCAGUCGCCGAUAACUUCCCAGAAUACGGUUCCCAUCCGUUUUACCUGAACGUCGAGGACAACAGCACCGGUCUAUCGCACGGCGUGUUUCUGCACAACUCCAACGCUAUGGACGUACUGUUACAGCCGGAGCCGGCCAUCACGUGGCGCCCAAUUGGAGGCAUUUUAGACAUAUUUAUAUUUCUGGGUCCACAGCCGGCAGACGUUGCCAGAGCGUACGUCAGUCUCGUGGGUAAACCUGAAAUGCCUCCCUUCUGGGGUCUGGGCUAUCAUCAGUGCCGGUGCUGUACUGAACCCAACACUCUGGCCAACCAAAAGGUUAUAACUGAGCGCACUAUAGCCGCCGGCAUACCGUUUGACACCCAAUGGAAUGCCAAGGAGUAUAUGGAGACCACGUUUAAUGAUUUUACGGUAGACCAGAACCGGUACAAAGGGUUUGGCGAUUGGGUCCGGCAUUUGCACGAUAUUGGUAUGCAUUACGUGCCCAUUAUUGACCCGGGCAUAGACCCAGCUCAAAAAUCUGGUACAUACGCGCCAUUCGAUGAUGGAGUGAGCAUGGACGUUUUUAUUAAAAAUCAUACCGAUGGCCUAUUCAUUGGCCACACGUGGCAAAAGUCGGGCAAAACAGUUUGGCCCGACUUUUCGCACCCAAAAUCAGCCGAAUACUGGACCAAACAGUACCGGGAGUUUCACAAACAGGUGCCCAUCGAUGGCUCCUGGAAUGACAUGAACGAGAUCUCAAACUUUUUGGGCGGAUCUACAACCGGGUGCCCUAAGGGUAACCCACUUGAGGCGCCUCCCUAUGUGCCAAAACAACUGAGUAAACUGCAAGAUAUGACACUAUGCAUGACUGCCAAACACUACGCCGGCGUUGACUAUAAUGUGCACAAUUUGUAUGGAUUUUAUAUGGCUAUGGCUACCGAUGUUGCGUUGAAAGAGGUGCGCCAAAAGCGGCCGUUUGUCAUAUCCCGGGCCACAUCGCCCGGUCAGGGCAAGUACUCCGGGCACUGGGAUGGAGACACCGAUACUGACUAUUCAAAUAUGCAGUGGACUAUUGCUUCAAUUAUGAAUAUGAAUAUGUUUGGCAUACCGUUAGUCGGGGGCGAUAUAUGCGGUUUUCUGGGCAAAGCAGAAAACAACACGUUUCACCAAGAGUUGUGCGCUAGGUGGUUUGAAAUUGGUGCUUUCUAUCCGUUUGCUAGAAAUCAUAACAUGAAGAAAAUGGACCAAGAUCCAGUGGCUCUAGGUCCAAUGGUCACUCGUGCGGCAAAACAGGCGUUGGAAACCAGAUACGCCCUGCUGCCUUAUUUAUACACACUGUUUUACCAAGCCAAAAUGUACGCAGAAACUGUAGCUAGGCCACUUUUCUUUGAAUUCCCAGCCGAUAAGCACACGUACGAACCGGCAGUGGCCGAGAGCCAGUUCAUGUGGGGCCAGGCAUUUAUGAUAGCGCCUGUAGUCGAACCCAAUGUGACCAAAAUCAAGCCCUACUUACCGGCGGGUGUUUGGUAUCCGUUUCAUUACCCCACGUUUGAUAAGCCUAUUGUGAGUAGCGGUCAGUUCAUGGAGUUUGACGCCCCGGUAGACAAAGUGAACACAUUCUUAAGGGCCGGACAUAUAGUGCCGAUACUACCCGUCCAGCAGACAACCACUGCUAUGCAAAAGGAAAAGUUUAUCAUCUUGGCUUUCCUGGACAAAGCAACAGCACAUGGUCAGUUAUAUUGGGAUGAUGGUGAUUCCAUAGACACAAUUGAGCGUGGACAGUAUACACUAGUUACUUUUGACGCGACUAAUAAUACCUUGGUCACAAAACCAGAGCACAAUGGCUAUAAGGAUGUUGUGGUGGGCGAGAUAGAUGUGUUUGGUGUGAGUGCUAAGCCAACUACGGUGUUGGUCAAUGGGGUUGCUGCUAAAAAGUUUUCAUACAACCCAAUUGGGCAACAAUUGGCUGUAAGCGAGUUGGCUCUCAAUGUUGGCGCCGCUAAACAUACAAUUGAAUGGAGUAUCUAGCUUAAAUAUAC